UGAUACCUUACAUCUCCAACACAGACCAACCUUACGAUUCUAUGAUCCGCACGGCUUGGCAGCAAGAAGUUCUCUAGUGUCUUGACAGGUGGGGCCUCUCCCAAACCUAUAUAGAGUCACUGGAAAGCGGGGACCAAACCUGUGACCUUCAGCAUGCAAAGCUGAUACAAAACUGCAUCAGAACCGAUGUUCUACCCCUGGGCUACAGCAGCCCUUCCUUCUCAACACCCUGUUCUGCACAGCUGAAUGACGGCUCCGGCACUAGUCUAGCGCAGGCGUCGCCUCAGCCCCAGACUACUGGGGAUGGUGCCUUCUGGGCCUUCAGUGGCCAAUGGUGAUCUGACCUGCCUUUCCUUCCCAUCACAGGUCCAGCCAAGCGACAGAAUGAGAAGGCCCCUUCCACUGCUCUUUGUCCUUCUGGCGCUGCUUGCUGCGUUUGCACAAGCUCAAGACGCCCCAAAGGAGAGUUUGGUGGCCAAAGUGCAAGUCUUUGCCCAGCAAGCCAUCCAAAAGACCCAGGAGCGCUUCACCACUCUCCGAGAGUCGGAGGCAGCCCAGCAGGCCAGGGAAUGGAUCACUAACGGCUGGGCAAAUGCAGUUCAAUACUUUGGCCGUGUAAAGGAGAAGAUUGCCACAUUUUUGAAGACACCGGCACCUGCAGCAUGAUGGAAUUUUGAUUCCACACAAUUCCAGGAGGAUCUCUCGCCCUUCCCAGUACAGCGGCAGGGUGCUAAAGUUGUCCUCAGUGAUGGGCAAGGAUUUCAACAUUUGCCACUCUUUCUCCUUUUCCCUGCCCUGCCUAGUCACUCCUUCAUUCCCUCCUUCCCUCAGACAUCUCAAUGUUCAUUAAGCGUGGCACUUUCCCCCAUUAAAUCUUGCAAACUCUU